GAAGAGCCACAGCUGAGUCUCUGUGGGUGGGUCCCCAUCCCCAGGUGAAGGGUGUGGCAAGGGCUGCCCUUAAGGGGAGGUGCUGGGGAUGCUGCAGCUGCUGGCUGGUGUUGGCCCCGGUUCCUGCUGCCUGCCUUGGUCUUGCCCGUGGUGGUGGGCUUGAGGAUGGAUUUCAGCAUGCUCCUGGAGCCUCUGGGCUUUGUUAAGGUCCUUCAGUGGCUUCUUGCCAUCUUUGCUUUUGCCACAUGUGGAGGCUUUCGAGGUGAAACUGCUCUUCUAGUUUCCUGCAAAGGUGUGGUAAACAAAACAAUUACAGCUGCUUUUGCUUAUCCAUUCAGGCUGAAUACUGCUGUGUUUAGUGCACCAGACCCACAAGGCUGUGGUGGUACUUGGACUGAUGCCCACCUCACCGGGGACUUCUCCUCUUCUGCACAGUUCUUUGUUACCCUGGCAGCAUUGGUGUUCCUCUACUGUAUCACUGCCCUUGUGGUAUAUAUUGGAUAUUACCAUGUGUAUCAGCAACAUAACAAGUUUCCACUAGCUGACUUGGCAAUCAGUGUCUUAACAGCCUUUCUGUGGCUGGUCAGCUCUUUUGUUUGGGCAAAAGCUCUAGCUGAUAUCAAAGCAUCCACAGGAGCCAGCAUUAUUCCAGGAAUUGAACCUUGCCAAGCACCAGGAACAACUUGCCAUUUUCUUUCUGUGACCAGCAUGGGAGUUCUGAAUGUGUCUGUGGUGUUUGGCUUGGUUAAUAUGAUUUUAUGGGCAGGAAAUGUUUGGCUUAUAUACAAGGACACCAACUUGCACAACCAAUGGAACAGAAUUUCUGAAAGUCCAACUGAAAGGGUAUAAAAACAAGUUGACAUUUUGAAGUGCUUCCACUUUCACAUCACACUACCAAGAGCAUGGAACCAUUAGAUUCAUUUCAAUCAUAACUGAUAAUUAAUACAAACUUUUAUUUUGUACUAUCGUUUGACAUAGGGUCUUGGGUACUCCAACUGAAGUGUUUAAUUAUCAUGAAAUAUAUUGUCUUUCAAGGCUGUGCAGGAUUACAUUAGUUUUUGAAGAGUGAAUUGAAGAGGUUAUCUGGAUGCUGACUCUUUCUGGCUCUGAAAUUCGCCUUACAGGGAGACAUGGCUUAGAAGGAACUGUAUCUGGGCUAUUACUGCAAAAUGUUUAGUUCUGACAAGUCUCCUCUGAAAAAUGGAAAGUAAAUUCACCCUGGGCAGGUGAAAAAGUUCAGUUUCUUCUGAUCACUGAAACCUUGUGAAAGUCACCUGAGUAGAAUUCAUAGCUCUGUCAAAGUUGCAGCCAAGAUGUGCAAGUUUCCAGAUACUCCUUUCACACCAUUGUAUCAGAUCUUCUGCUGGGCCUGUCAGGAGGACCUUACUUCUGUGUUUAAUAUGUUACUGUUUAAUGGCUUGAGACAAUCUCUGAAUGAGGAAAAUCAUUGUAUGAGUUCAUAGCUUCUAGUCUCUCUAAUAUGAGAGCUUGUAUAUGGGAGAAAUAGAUGAUUUAGACACUUGAAGGUGGCAAGGGAGGAAAAAUAAACCAUGGCCCAAAACACAAAUACUUCAGAAAUCAAAGUUGACAUAUUCUGCUACUGCUUACACUUCUAUUACUCUUGAGGUGCAUGAACAAAGGUUGUGUGUGGAAGGAUACAAGGGGAGCUGUCUGAAUAUGACAAAUUCUUUAUUGAUGUUGUUCAGCUCCUUCAUUGGGAAUGAUAUUUGGGUCUUCUCCUGUGGACUUCUUUAUUAAGGUGUCUGACUCCCUGGGAAUUGCCUGGAUCAAAUGUUUUGACAAACCUAAUACAGAAACUAUUCAAUUAUUUUGGGUUUGUUUUAACUGUUUGUGAUGAAAAUAGAUAUAAUAGUGUGUGUGUAUAACACAAAUUGUAAUUGUUUGGUG